AUGUUCCUUUUCUUCAAUGUGCACGUGGAUGUGUAUGCAUGGCUGCACGCGGAUGUGUAUGCAUGGCUGCACAUGGAUGUGUAUGCAUGGCUGCACAUGGAUGUUUAUGCAUGGCUGCACGUGGAUGUGUAUGCAUGGCUGCACGUGGAUGUGUAUGCAUGGCUGCACGUGGAUGUGGAUGCAUGGCUGCACGUGGAUGUGUAUGCAUGGCUGCACACGGAUGUGUAUGCAUGGCUGCACGCGGAUGUGUAUGCAUGGCUGCACGCGGAUGUGUAUGCAUGGCUGCACGCGGAUGUGUAUGCAUGGCUGGACGCGGAUGUGUAUGCAUGGCUGCACGCGGAUGUGUAUGCAUGGCUGCACGCGGAUAUGUAUGCAUUGCUGCACGUGGAUGUGGACUCCAACGCCUUUGCCAUGGAUCCUCCUCCCACCGGCGCCAUUCCUGCUGCCAUCACUGACCUCACCACCCUUCAAUACCUCGAUCUGACGUACGGCAUCAACCUGGAGGGCCCCAUGCCAUCCCUUGCAUCUCUCACCCGCCUUACCCACCUCGCCCUGGGAGCAGACGGCUGCUUGCUCACCGGCACUGUGGACCAACUCUCGUGGCUCUCCUCCCUCUCCGCCCUGCACUUAUUGCGGCUGUCUGGGUUGUCGGAAUUUACAGGGGAGCUGACCUCCUUUGCACUGCUCUCCCACCUCCACCACCUCCAACACCUAUCACUCAUUGGUCUCAGCAAUGUGACAGGGGAGAUACCCCGGGAGAUUCGAUACUUGACUGCCCUCACUACACUGGACCUCAUAUUUCUUCGAGCUGUGGACUUCCCAGACUGGGUCACUCAGAUGUCCAAACUCCAGUCACUGCGAGUGAUCAACGACGAGCCAAGGAGGCAGGGAGUGCUGCCAGAAGGCCUUUCAGAGUUGACAGCACUCACUCAACUGUCCCUCUUGGGGAACAACCUGGAAGGCGCCCUGCCCAAAGGCUUCUCCACACUUGCCAACCUGGCUGUCCUGGACCUCUCAUCAAAUUACCUUUCCGGAUUGGUGCCUCGAAUCUUCAACAGCAACAUCCAGUCUAUAUGUGCGUGCAUUGGCCUCCCAUCAUCUUCCCCUCUUCCGCCCCUCUUCCUUUCCUCUUCCUCCCCUCUUCCUCCCCUCUUCCAACCCUCUUCCUCCCCUCUUAAUCCCCACUUCCUCCUCUCUUCCUCCCCUCUUCCUCACCUCUUCCUCCCCUCUUCCUCCCCUCUUCCUUCCCUCUUCCUGGCUGCAGGGAGUUGUUCAGCAAUCGGUUCACAGGAGGCGUUCCCCACACCUUCACCAGACUCACCGCCAUUGCAUCCCUGUAUACACGGAUAG